CCGAAAUCCCUAGCAAAACCCUCGUCGGCUCCCAGUGCUCCGUGGCCGCCAUGGCGCUCUCCAAGCCCCUCUUCUCCCGCCUCCUCCCCCUCUCCCUCCGCGUCCCCAUCCGGCCUCAACACCGCCUCCUCUGCCUCGCCACCCCCACCGAUCUCCCGGAUGCCCCCACCGACGCCGCCGCCGAGCGCCGCCGCCGCAAGCGCCGCCUCCGCGUCGAGCCGCCGUCCUCCCGCGGGCCGGUCCCCCAGCGCACCCCCGGAGCGCCACGCCCGGGAUCCAACCGCAACGCCCUCAAGCUCCCCGAGCCCGCCUCGGUCCUCUCCGGCAAGCGCCUCGACCUCCACCACCGCAUCCUCACGCUCGUCCGGGAGAACGACCUCGACGAGGCCGCGCUCCUCACCCGCCACUCCAUCUACUCCAACUGCCGCCCCACCGUCUUCACCUGCAACGCCGUCCUCGCCGCGCUCCUCCGCCAGGCGCGCUACGCCGACUUCCUAUCCCUCCACCGCUUCGUCACCCAGGCCUCCGUCGCGCCCACCGUCGCCACCCACAACCUCUUCAUCCAGGCCUACUGCGACUGCCGUCGCCCCGAAACCGCGCUUGAGCACUUCCGUCUCCUGCUCAAGGACGAAUCCCCCGUCCUCCCCUCCCCCACCACGUACCGCAUCCUCGCCCGCUCCCUCGCUGAGAACGGCAAGCUCGACCUGGCGCUCGAGCUCAAGGACGGCAUGCUCGAGCGUGGCCUUAUCGCUCCCGACCCCCAGGUCUAUGCGUUCGUCAUGGGUGGUUUCGUGAACGCCGGGGAUGGUGACACCACCGUCUCACUGUAUGAGGAGCUUAAGGAGAAGCUUGGUGGCGGGCCAAUCCUUGACGGUGUGGUGUACGGGAACCUUAUGAAGGGAUACUUCCUAAAGGGCAUGGAGAAGGAGGCCAUGGAUUGCUACGCCGAGGUGCUUGGGGAGGGAUCCGUUGUGAGAUUUGGGGCUGUUAGCUACAACAUGGUGCUUGAUGCGCUGGGGAGGAAUGGGAAAUUGGAUGAUGCAGUCCUGCUGUUCGAUAGAAUGUGCAAGGAGCAUGACCCACCCAGGAAGAUUGCGGUGAACCUUGGUAGCUUUAAUGUGAUGGUUGAUGCCUAUUGUCGCGUGGAAAGGUUCCAGGAUGCAGUUGAGGUGUUUGGCAAAAUGGGUGAGAAGAGGUGCGCACCAGAUGCACUCUCCUACAAUAGUCUGAUUGACUGGCUGGGGAAGAAUGAACUUGUUGGUGAGGCAGAAGCGCUCUAUAAGGAGAUGGGAGAGCGUGGUAUUAACCCUGACGAAUACACCUAUGUCUUGCUCAUUGAGUCCUGCUUCAGGGUUGAUAAGGUGGAUGACGCUGUUGGUUACUUCAAUAAGAUGUUCGAUGUUGGUCUCAGGCCCAAUGCCAAUGCAUUUAACAAAGUUAUAGGUGGCUUGGUGAAGGUUGAUAGGAUUGAAGAGGCACAGGGGUUCUUUGAUCUGAUGCCUGAAAAGGAGGUCAAGCCAAACCUAGCUAGCUAUGAAUUGCUGUUGAGAGCAUACAUCAAUGUUGCAAAGUUGGAUGAUGCAGUUAAGAUGGCCAAGGGUAUUCUAUUGGAUGAGAGUGUUGUGUUUACUGAUGAACUGAAGGCACUUCUAGAGGACUCACUGGAGAAAGAGGGGAGAGAUGGGGAUAUGACAAAGUUGUAUGAAGAUGUUGAGAAAGAGAAAGCAGAGGCAGCAGCACGUGCAGCUGAAGAGAAGGCUAGAGCAGAGGCUCUUGCUAAAGAAGAAGAGGAGAAGAAGAAGGCUGAGGCAAAGGCUAAGGAGGAAUCGGCUGCCAGAGCCAGUCGAGCAGCUAUUGAUGCGGUGUUGGGUCGCAAUAGGCAAGGAGAAAAUGAUGAAACUUCUGACGGAAUAAAUGUUGAGGAAGCACAGGUUGUUGAAUCCCACAGUGACACUGUUGGCACUGUAGGAGAACAAAAUGAAGGUGACGACUCGAAGAAAGAGUCUGGUGAUGCAUCGUCACAGGUCAUAGCUUCAUCUUCUUGAGGUUCUUUGUUGUACCUCAGUAAUGAUUAGUUUCAGUUCAAUAGUACAAAAAAUGAUUGGAAGAGCUUCUACGAGAUAAUUAUGUCGAUGGUUUGAAUGGAAUUUACAUGUUAUGAGAGCUCCCACUGAUUGUAUGCUGGAAUCUUUAUGUACCACAUCUCUUAUUUUGGAGAUAGCACAACAAAUUUCUGUAUCUCUGUGAUCACUAAAUUUAUUAUGUCAUGAUCACAGACAAGAUAAAUUCUCCUUUUCACAAUCUUUAUUCCGCAAGUGUAAAGUGAU